CUGUGAGGGGAGGCGGGCCGGGGCAGCCGCCAUGGCGUGGCGGGAAGGCGCCGCUGCCGCUGCUAGGGGCAGCUCACCUGUCUUCCCGGGCAGCUGUUGGCAUUUCGUUAGCAAAUGUUUCCACACCACAGUGGGGAUUCUGAAGAAAACUGGAACUGAGCACUGGUGGCUGGAGCGGCACUUCAGGGAUCCCUUUGUCAAGGCAUCAAAGCAGCAGCAUUACCGUUGCCGAAGUGCCUUCAAAUUACUGGAGAUCGAUGACAAGCUUCAUAUUCUUCGUCCAGGACUUUAUGUUCUUGACUGUGGCGCGGCGCCUGGUGCUUGGAGCCAGGUUGCUGUAGAGAGGGUCAACGCCUUAGGUACUGAUCCUGCUGUCCCCACCGGCUUUGUCCUUGGCGUUGACCUCCUGCGGAUUUCUCCUCUGGAAGGAGCGGUCUUCCUGUCGGAGGCUGACAUUGCAGACCCAAGCACACUGAGGACGAUUCAGAGUCUGCUUCCUGCGGAGAAGGUGGAUGUUAUCUUGAGCGACAUGGCACCUAAUGCAACAGGUAUUAAAGAACUGGAUCAUCAGAAGUUGAUCAAUCUAUGUUUAGGUCUUCUGAAUAUGUCCCAAAGUAUUUUAAAGCCAAAAGGAACGAUGCUGUGUAAAUUCUGGGAUGGACACGAGUCCCAUCUUCUGCAAAACAGACUGAAGGAGCAGUUCCAUGACGUGAGAACUAUAAAGCCUCGGGCCAGCCGGAAGGACUCUGCUGAAUCUUAUUAUUUGGCAAGACUGUACAAAGGGAAAUGAAAGCUGAGAACUGCAGAUUGUCUAACAAGUGGUCGGACAUUGAUUGGAAAUCUGAUUUUGGUGUGUGUUUAAAAAAAAUCCCACCACUGAGACCCUGGGAAAAUCCGCCACAAUUAUUAUGAAGCUCAUCAUGCUUUUCAAAUACAAAAAUAAACCAGGGUGGUGUCCUGAGUUUAUCCAGUAAUUAUACAAGCAGAGACAUCCAAUCUAGCUUCUCACCUGUGGAGAAAGCGGUUGGGAAUGGAAGGAAUAAUUUGAAAGGCAAUCUCUGAGGCUGCAGUAAUGGAAAUGAAAAUAAAACAGUGAUUAUAUGA